UUGAUGAUGAAUGGUUCGAAAAACUAUUAUAAAAACGAGAGAAAAUGAAUCUAUGGACAACAUUCCGAUGACAUGACGAACUCGAAUUGACUGACUGCAGAAAGAAGGCUAUAAAUCUAGAGCGGCCUUUUGGGACUUAAUUAUAAGGGCCCCAAGCCAAGCCCGCCUUGAAGCCCAUAUAAAUCUGAAAUUCUUUCUUCGAAGCCAAGCCAAAGCAAAGACGAUACUGAGCACAGAGGAGCACCGGAAGCGAAGACUACAGAGAAAGAGAGAUACAUGGAUCCAAAACUCACGGAAGUUUCUCAGCGAUUCGAUCGCUUCAAAGCUGCAAUUACCAGAAAGGACUACGACUCUUGUACCGAACUCCUUUCUCAUCUCAAGGUUUUGCUGACCUCCUUCAGAAGCCUGCCACCAUUAUUUGAAAAUACGGCUAAUGCAAUUCAUGAGUUGACAUUAGCAAGGGAUAUUUAUGAGCAUGCUGUUCUCUUAAGUGUGAAGAUUGAGGAUCAAGAUGCAUUUGAGAGGGAUUUCUUUCAAUUGAAGCCUUAUUAUACUGAUGCUGGGAGUCGUCUUCCAGGAUCCCCAAAUGAAUACAUGAUCUUAGGUCUAAACCUGUUGAGACUUUUAGUCCAAAACAGAAUUGCUGAAUUCCAUACUGAACUGGAAUUGCUUUCUUCUACUGCUUUGGAGAACCCUUGCAUUAAACAUGCCGUGGAGUUGGAGCAAUCCUUUAUGGAAGGGGCUUAUAACCGCGUCUUGAGUGCCAAACAGAAUGUACCUCAUGAAACUUAUGGGUAUUUCAUGGAUCUUCUAGCAAAGACAGUGAGAGAUGAGAUAGCUGGAUGUAGUGAGAAGGCAUAUGAUUACCUUUCAAUUAAUGAUACCCACCAAAUGCUGCUGUUCACUUCUGAUAAAGAACUUUUGCAAUAUAUUGAGGAGGAGCAUCCGGAGUGGGAGAUAAAGAAUGGAUCCGUAUUCUUCCAGAAGGCAAAAGAAUCUGCACCUUGCAAGGAGAUCCCAUCACUGCAACUCAUUAACCAGACACUCAGUUAUGCAAGGGAGUUGGAGAGGAUUGUUUAAGGAAAUUGCUCCAAGGUUGCAUUUGCCCCUGUUUUCAGCGCUGCAAGCUGGUGGUAGAACUUUUAUUGAAAAUUUUAAUUGCACCCAUUUGGUAUAAAACUUAAAAUUGUUGUUUAUUUUUUUCUACUUUAAUUUGUUAAGUUUCCUUAGUACACAAUUUGCAGCACACAUCUUUUUACCACCUGGUUACACCUGAUCCCAUUUUAGCGA